ACAUCAUUAACUGAUCAAGUUGAUGAUUAUUGUAAUCCCCAUUGGAGUGCAAUUCCGCUACAUCGCCUCGACCAUCAUCGCGCGCGCGCCACUUUUCCUCCCGAUCGCGCCGGUGAUAAGCGUUACUAACACUACGCUACGGUAUUACGGAGUGACCCGCCGGUGCUUAACGUUUUUUCGCGGAUCAUUACCUGCGCUGUUAUUUUUGUUUACAUAACGACCUUGUGUUUUUCAACAACAACAACCAAAAUGUACCAUAUAAUACUGCCUUUAUAAAUUAUGGCGUCCCGGAUGACUUUGGUUAAUUGUCAGCAGACAGUGGGCCGGCAUUUCGGCGAUUAUCAAUAAUUGUGUUAUGGCAUGUUAUGGCAACUGUUAAUUCCGACGUUAUUGCCCGCAUCAAUCAGACCGGAUUGGGAUUAAUCCAGAUGACGAUGCUUAAUGAAUCUUUACGGCAGUGGAUGCUGCAGCAGCAGAUGGACAAGCAGACACCGCAGCUCUUUCCCACGUCCUACCGUAUUGCCGCCACCGUACUGCAUUCAACGAUAUUUCUGCUGGGAUUCUGGGGGAAUAUUCUGCUGCUGGUUGUCGUACACCGGACCCGGUCACUGCAUGUACCGACGUACUGUUACUUGGUGUCAUUAGCGUGUGCCGAUUUGGUGGCACUGGUCUCGGCCGUCCCGGAAGCCGUUGUCUCUUAUCAUCUAUACGGGCGUCAGUGGGUGCUGGGCCAACCCGGUUGUUCACUGCUGAUAUUCGGAAACUUUUUGGGCAUUAACGCUGGCAGUUUAAGUAUUACCGCCUUCAGCGUUGAGCGCUACGUGGUGAUCUGUCAUCCCCUCUUAGCCAAGAAAAUCUGCAGUGUCCAACGCGCAAAGAAGAUCAUCUGCAUCCUAUGGAUCGGCUGCAUCCUGUAUUCUGCGCCCUGGCUAGGCCUGACCAAAGUCCAGCCGCAUCCCACCUACGCCGGCAUCGACACCUGCGAUCUGCGUCUAUCACGACGCACGUACAUGGUGCUGUUCAUCGGCGACAUUUGCCUGUUCUACGUCAUCCCCUUGAUCGCCGCGAUGAUCUUCUACUUCAAGAUCACCUCGGUGUUGAAAGCGCGGAGUAAGGAGAUGAGCGAAGGACGCCGGUGCGGCAGUAUCCGGCGCCCGUCCAUGGUGUCCAUGGGGAGUGGCGGGAGUUUUGUGGUGAAGCGCUCCAAUCCGGCGCUGUACCGGGACAGUUCGACACGGAUGUCCAGCGGCGAUGUGGCCAGGAGGUACUCCAAUCCCGAUCAGUCGCAUGCGCAGGUGACCAAAAUGCUCGCCAUCGUCGUGGUGGCCUUUGCCAUCUCCUGGUUGCCCUAUCGCGGUCUACUGGUGUACAACACGUUUACGGAGAAACCCUGGCUGAAUAUCUGGUUCAUGCUGUUUGCCAAAUCCCUCAUUUUUAUCAACUGCAGCAUGAAUCCAUUCCUGUACAACGCCAUGAGCAAACGGUUUCGAAUGGCUUUUAUCCGGAUUAUCUGCUGCCGGCAUCGAGGAAGCGGUCGUUUAAGACGUCAGAGCCGGCUAAAGAAACGCGGCCAGAGCUAUACGCCGCCCAGGAAAUCCUCCUUGGUUCCCUCGUUAUAAAGCGGUCUACCAACGUUUUUAGAUUUUUAGCAUUUCGGUGUUUCGCUACGAAUACGUAGUUAGCAUCCUUUAAUUAGCCAAUAUCAUCCCAUGGAUGAUUUGUUGUCGUAGAAUCGUAGUUUCACGUGCGCCGAUUUUUAAUGCAUGACACAAAAUCGUAUCUCGACACCAUUGUGAUAGGCCUACCUAAUCGCCUUUUCAGUUCUUAUUUUUAUAUUUUCAUUUUUUUCUUCCUGUUAUCAUUGUGAAAAACACACUGAUAUACGUACGUUAUAAAACUCAAUAAUUUAUCA